AUCGCUUUGGAGGAAUACGAGUUGAUGAAAGACUCAAAAUACAGAGUCUAUGUGUCCGCUGUUGAUAAGGCUCUGAAAAGCUUUGAAUAUACGAGUGAAUGGGCAGAUCUAAUUUCUGCACUAGGAAAACUCAACAAAGUGUUACUUAGUCAUAUGAAAUUUCCUGUUAUUCCCAGGAGAAUUAAAAUUUCAAAGAGAUUAGCACAAUGCAUGCAUCCAGCAUUACCUUCUGGUGUUCAUUUAAAAGCUUUAGAAACUUAUGACAUUAUUUUUAAAUGUAUGGGCACUAAUAGACUCAGCCAUGAGCUCUUUAUCUAUAGUGCAGGCCUCUUUCCAUUAUUGGGUCAUGCUGCUAUGAACGUGAGGCCAUCGCUGUUGACAGUGUACGAGACACACUUUGUGCCACUUGGUGAAAGGUUAAGACCAGGUUUAAGUGGUUUUCUAAGUGGUGUUCUUCUAGGUCUAGAAGAUGGUUCUGAUCAUUUUGACAGAACCAACUCCUUAUUGGAGAAAGUGUGCGAGGGUGUCGGUGCAGAACACUUUUACGCGUGUCUGUGGGACUGUUUAGCUUCAAAUUCUGGCAUCUGAUUGCCUGCUAUAUCAUUCGUUUUG